UCCGGUGACGUCAGAAAAGCGCGCCGGUGUGCUGAAGUUUUGCUGUGUAAUUUCUUUCAGUGUCCAUUCAAUACCGGUGUAGCUGAAAUUAAAUAUAGUUUGUUCUACUUUUUUCCUUCCAAGAUGGAGUAUUUGGUUGGUAUUCAGGGUCCGGACUUUGUCUUGGUUGCGGCUGAUAACGUGGCUGCCAGCAGCAUUAUCAAAAUGAAACACGACUAUGACAAAAUGUUUAAACUGAGUGAGAAGAUUCUGCUGCUGUGUGUCGGGGAGUCUGGAGACACGGUACAGUUUGCAGAAUACAUUCAGAAAAAUGUCCAGCUCUACAAAAUGAGGAAUGGAUAUGAACUCAGUCCAGCGGCUGCUGCAAACUUCACCAGGAAGAACCUAGCGGAUUACCUGCGUAGUAGGACUCCGUAUCAUGUGAACCUCCUUUUGGCUGGUUACGAUGAGAGCGAUGGGCCCGCGCUGUACUACAUGGACUACCUGUCAUCGCUGGCUAAAGCCCCCUUCGCUGCACACGGAUACGGGGCUUUCCUCACCCUGUCCAUCAUGGACAGAUACUACAGGCCAGAUCUGACACGUGAAGAAGCAGUAGAUCUCCUGAAGAAGUGUCUAGAAGAACUCAGCAAGCGCUUUAUCCUGAACCUGCCGUCUUUCACCGUUCGCCUCAUCGACAAGGAUGGCAUUCACGACCUGGAGAAGGUUAAUGUGGGGGCAAAGUGACAGUCUACUGUGACAUCUUCACACCAUUUCUUUUUUGUACUGCAUAUCUAAUUCUUUAUGUUCUAAUAAAUCUUCAGUCAUGUUAAGUA